AUGGAGAACGAGAAGCCGGAUUAUGCAUUUGUGAUUUCUAGAUAUGUUUCAAUCGGUGCACCAUUUCCAAAAAAUGUAACAACUUUCGACAAAGAUCCAAUUUAUCAAACAAUGAAGGAGCAAAUGUUAAGAUUUGUAUCCACCAUCAAAUACAAAAUGUACAUUCUGGAUGCAUUCCCUUCGAUUGAUCGAUGGAAGGUUCCACAAAUCGGACCGAUGAUCAAGAAUGGGACAGAUCCAGUAGCUAUUGAUAAUGUUCUGGUCCCUCCACAAAAUACCUACUUCAUGGCCCGUAAACGAUAUGCCCAACUCAUCAAAGAUUGUGGAAAAAAGUGUGUUCUCAUAGAUUACGUGCCAGAAUUCUACCAAGAAGACACAAAAACCUUCCGGGUGUUUGACAAGAAAGGAUUCUCAUACUUCACGACACCAUCUCAUUUGACACCUCAUGGAAUUGAGAAAAUCAGACAUAUCUGGACAGAUAUCUGUAGGAAGUUAUAG